ACAAAGUUAGUAAACCUUGUAAUAAGUGUUGGUAUCCUCUUCAUUAUGGUCAUUUAAAAACAAGUCAUCUCUAAAACCCUUGUCCGAGUUUGAAGAGCCGCCGUCUGUUUUUGAAGGAGAAGAAGAAGAAGAAAUGGAGAGUAUAGAGGAUAAAUCUAGAAUAAGAUUUUGGGAUAUCGAAUCUCUGAAGCUAACAGAUUCAGAGAGUAUGCGCUUCUUUCUAGAAGCCUUGUUUUAUUACCUGAGAGGUAAUGGAUUUGGUACUGGAUUUCAUAUUAGGCCGGUUGCAGCUAAUAGGCAUCACACUAGGGUUAGUGUGGCCGUAAGAAACUUUCUACACAGCUGUGACAUUACGCCUGAAUUCGUGCGACCAGGUGCUGAUUUGAACUUACCAAAACAGUUAGCUGAUAAAAGAAUUUCGAGUCACAUGUUUAUAUGGAUGAAUAGGGAACAUCGUGCCGAGCCAGGAGUUGUGGUUUUACUAGCUCACGAUGGUCACUACAUCAAUGCCAUCGGAAAAAUUCUGAGAUUAGGCCAUAUGGCAGUUCUCAUCUACAAAGGAAAAGUUAAUGGCGAACUGUUUAAAUUACUUUGGAGUGGAAAGUUUCAUGAUGAUUUCCCUGAGAUGGGUCGCAUCAUUGGUGUGGUGAAUGCUCUCUGGGCUCGCUCGGGGCCUCGGAUUUAUGUUCACAAAUUAGGCCAGGGGGCCUUUCUCCUUCGUGUCUCAAACCCCCGUACUCGGGCCAUCCUUCUUGGACGUAAUGUUUGGAACAUUGCCGGUUACCCUAUGUUCGUGUCUCCGUGGUCACCAGAUUUCACUCCUGGGUCGCCACCGAUUACUUCAGCUUCCAUUACUGCGGAAUUUAGAGGUGUUUCUUACCUUCUCUUCAACAAACAGAGUCUCAGCCGCAUAGCCACUGCUGUUGGUGAGCCAAUUGCCCUUGCUCCCGAAACAGCGAGAAAGGAGAAUUUUGAAGUUGCAAAGGUGCUCGUCCGUGUUGAUCUUACAAAGGACCUUCCUUCGAAGGUUAUCUCGGGUUUCUCUGAUGGCCGCGAAGUGGAGAUUGAUGUCACUUACCCCUGGCUCCCUCCAAGAUGCUCCGUAUGCAGUGCGUAUGGGCAUGAUUCUAUUCGUUGUCCUACUAGGCCAGUAGCCUCUUUUACUCAAAAAAGGAGAAGCUUAAGGUCUCGCAGUAGGCCAAGAAUCAGACGACGUUCGAGGCAGGGACGUUCUGCUGAACGAUGGAUUAAGGCUCCUUCCAAAGCUCAAUUGGUUUGGCAGGCUAAGGAAGUUACAAAAGGUACAGUGGUAGCCCAGGCUACAGAGAAUGCUGAGUGUUCUGCUAGUAUGUCUGUUGUUGGUACUGCUGCUGUGGUUGCUACUGAAGAAGCUAAUGUAGCGGAUGAGAAUGGUUCGGUUAUCCCUGCUGAAGGGAAGCAAACCGCAGAAGAAGAAGAAGCUCCGUUUAUCCUGGUCUCACGCAGGAGAAGUGGCCGCAAGGACUCUACAAAGAAUUGGAUUUCUAUCCACAAGCCACUUUUUGGUGCGUUUUUAGAGACGCAUAUUCAGCCAAUAAAUGCAAGAAGAGUUGUUCGUGCUAUUCCAGCUGGUUGGAAGUUUUUUGCUAAUUUUGAUCAUCAUAGCACUGCCCGGAUUGUGGUCUGCUGGGACCCCUCAGUCUCCUUGGUUGUGUACCAAGCCUCUGCUCAGUUGGUUACCUGCGGUAUUUUUAUCCAAUCUCUCAGUUUAUCUGUCACAGUCUCCUUUGCUUAUGGUCAUAAUCUUCCUGAGGAUCGUCAACCACUGUGGGAGGAGUUAGCUUGGUUGAAUGCCAACUCUCCGGUGAAUCGUUUUCCCUGGGCUGUGGUAGGCGAUUUUAAUCAGAUUCUUAGGCUAUCUCAUCACUCAGAAUAUCUCACUCAGGAUGUGGACUCCGCAGGAAUUGAUGAUUUCAAUUUGGCCUUGCAAGAUGCUGAGAUUUUUGAAGCUCAAGCUAAGGGCCUUCCCUUCACCUGGUGGAACAAUCAAGAAGAUAGCCCAGCCUCUAAGAAGAUUGAUCAUGCUCUAAUAAACCAGGCUUGGGCUACUGCUCACCCGGAAUCUUUUGCUGAGUUCCUUGAACCUAUCCAAUCUGAUCACGCUGCUUGCCUUUUCACUGUUCCUUCUAUGCGACGGUCUGUCCGGAAACCCUUCAAGUACUUUCAUCAUGUGGCAGAUCAUCCGGAGUUCCAUGACUCGGUCUCUCAGGCUUGGAAUCCUCUCUCCAUUCAGGGUACCUCUCAAUUCAAGCUUGUAAGGUCUUUAAGAAAGCUUAAGAUUGUGCUUAGGAGCCUCAACAAGCGGCACUUCAGUGGCAUUAGUGCGAGAGUGAAAGAUACAGCUGAAAAGGUUGCCACUCUUCAAAGGCUCCUCCUAUCUAAUCCUGACGCUGAUGCUGCAAGGGAAGAACAUCAAGAGCGCGCUCUCUGGCAAAUCCUUAUCUCUGCUGAAGAGAAGUUUUAUCGCAAGAUAAGGCUGCACCCUCUUUGCUUUUCGCCUCAGGUAACCCACUUAUUGUUUGCUGAUGACUUGUUGGUUUUCUCUGAUGGUGCUCGCCACUCUCUAUCCGGGGUUGCUGAGGUUAUGCUUCAAUUCAAGAAUUACAGCGGCUUAGAUAUGAAUCCAGCAAAGUCAGAGAUAUUUUUUGGAGGCUAUAAUGAUAUUGAAGUUGGUGUUCUUAGUGCUAUCUCUGGCAUCAAAGUCGGUUCCUUUCCGACCAGAUUUCGAAAUUCUGAAGCUUUUUUGGGGGAGAGGAGAUUGAAAAUGGGGAAAUCUGGAGGAAGGAAGAAGAAGAGUGGUGGUGGUGGUGGUUCGAAUUCGAAUUCGAGUUCGAGUCAAGUCAAUUCCUCUGAAACUUCAGGAUUAUCGAAACCCUCAACGAUUGUUAAUGGUGGUGUUGAUUUCGAUGCUUCGAUAUUCUUGAAACGUGCACAUGAGCUUAAGGAAGAAGGUAAUAAAAAGUUUCAAGCAAGAGAUUACGUUGGUGCUCUUGAGCAAUACGAGAAUGGGAUUAAGCUUAUUCCUAAGAAUCAUCCAGAUAGAGCUGUGUUUCAUAGCAAUAGAGCUGCUUGUUUGAUGCAGAUGAAGCCAAUUGAUUAUGAAUCUGUGAUUUCUGAAUGUUCUUUGGCUCUUAAAUCUCAGCCUGGUUUUACUAGAGCUUUACUUAGAAGAGCUAGAGCUUUUGAAGCUGUUGGCAAGUUUGAUUUAGCUGUUCAGGAUGUCAAUGUUUUGUUGGGGUCUGAUCCUAAUCAUAAGGAUGCUGGUGAGAUUUCCAAGCGGUUAAAAACCGCUUUGAGUCCUCAUCAAGAUUUGCAGAGCCGUCCUUCACCUGCAGCUCUUGGUGCUUCGGCUGCGUUAGGCGGUCCCAUUGCUGGACUUGGUCCUUGUUUACCUUCUCGUAAUGUUCAUAAAAAGGGUGUUGCUUCGCCUGUUGGGUCUGUUUCGUUGCCUAAUGCUAGUAAUGGUAAGGUAGAGAGGCCGCAGGUGGUGAAUCCGGUGACUGAAAAUGGUGGUUCGGUGAGUAAGGGACAGGCGUCGAGAGUUGUGUUGAAGCCGGUUAGUCAUUCACCGAAAGGGUCGAAGGUGGAGGAGUUGGGUUCUUCAUCUGUGGCUGUUGUUGAGAAGGUUCAAGAGAAGAGGAUUCGGUGGAGGCCGUUGAAGUUUGUUUAUGAUCAUGACAUAAGGUUGGGUCAGAUGCCUGUGAACUGUAGGUUUAAGGAAUUGAGAGAGAUUGUGAGCAGUCGUUUCCCGUCUUCGAAGGCGGUUUUGAUUAAGUACAAGGACAAUGAUGGAGAUUUGGUGACUAUAACUUCUACUGCAGAGCUGAAAUUGGCGGAAUCUGCUGCUGAUAGUCUUUUGACGAAAGAGCCUGAUACUGAUAAGUCUGAUUCUGUUGGGAUGUUGAGAUUGCAUGUUGUUGAUGUGAGUCCUGAGCAAGAGCCGAUGUUGCUAGAGGAAGAAGAGGAGGAAGUGGAAGAGAAGCCUGUUGUAGAAGAAGUCAUAUCAUCUCCUACAGAAUCGGUAUCGGAAACAGAAAUCAACAAUGAGAAGGCGGAUAAGGAAGUCGAAAAGGAGAAAGCGGGUUCUUCUGAGGAUCCUGAGACCAAGGAAUUGGAGAUGGAUGAUUGGUUGUUUGAUUUUGCUCAUCUCUUCCGUACUCAUGUCGGUAUUGACCCUGAUGCUCAUAUUGACUUGCAUGAGUUGGGAAUGGAGCUUUGCUCAGAGGCGCUUGAAGAAACUGUGACAAGCGAGAAAGCUCAACCACUAUUCGAUAAAGCUUCUGCGAAAUUCCAAGAAGUCGCUGCUUUAGCUUUCUUCAACUGGGGAAAUGUUCACAUGUGUGCUGCUAGAAAGAGGAUUCCUUUAGACGAAUCUGCGGGAAAAGAAGUGGUUGCAGCACAGCUUCAAACCGCUUACGAGUGGGUGAAAGAGCGAUACACAUUGGCAAAGGAGAAAUAUGAGCAGGCCCUCUCGAUCAAACCAGAUUUUUACGAGGGUUUGCUUGCUUUAGGACAGCAGCAAUUUGAAAUGGCGAAGCUACACUGGUCUUACUUGCUAGCUCAGAAGAUCGAUAUCUCAGGUUGGGAUCCAUCGGAAACCCUAAAUCUCUUUGACAGCGCAGAGGCAAAGAUGAAAGAUGCUACAGAGAUGUGGGAGAAGCUUGAAGAGCAGAGGAUGGAUGAUCUUAAAAACCCGAACUCGAACAAGAAAGAGGAAGUUUCUAAGAGGAGAAAGAAGCAAGGAGGAGAUGGGAGUGAAGAGGUUUCAGAAACAAUCACAGCUGAAGAAGCAGCAGAACAAGCGACUGCAAUGAGAUCACAGAUCCAUCUGUUUUGGGGAAACAUGCUGUUCGAAAGAUCGCAAGUUGAAUGCAAAAUCGGGAGGGAUGGUUGGAAUAAGAAUCUUGAUUCAGCUGUUGAAAGAUUCAAACUUGCAGGUGCUUCUGAAGCUGACAUAGCAACGGUCGUCAAGAAUCAUUGUUCCAAUGAAGCCGCUGCUACUGAAGGAGAUGAGAAAAAGGUACCUGCACCUUGAAACCCUUUAUUCAAACAAGAAUUUCGAUAUCAAGAGCUAUGAAACAAAAACCGAUUCUCGCUUAAUGAAUGGUUGUGUGACUGGAAAAUAACCCUGAAGAUGUAGACUGCUGAAUCUUGCUUGUUUUGAUGAUUCACACUUGGUUUUUUCAAGUUUAUCUUCUUCACCUCAAAGGUGAUAAAUUUUCCAGGGCAUU